AUGGUGAUUGCUCCGUUAGUGAAGAACAAGUUAGGGUUUAUUGAUGGAUCCAUUCCUCGUCCUGAAGGUAAUGAUUCUCUUCUCAAUUCUUGGUUCCGGAACAAUAACAUGGUUAUUUCUUGGAUUCUUAACUGUGUUUCUAAGGAGAUUUCUACUAGUGUUAUAUACUCUGAUUAUGCUUAUGAAAUGUGGUUAGAUCUUAAAGAACGUUUUCAGCAGAAAAAUGGACCUCGUAUUUUUCAAUUGAGGCGUGAUCUGAUGAACCACACUCAAUGUCUUUGUGGAGGAACUAAAGCACUUGCAGAUCAUUAUCAAAUGGAGUAUGUUACGAGUUUCUUGAUGGGCUUGCAUGAUUCUUUUGCUCAAGUGCGUGGUCAGUUGCUAUUAAUGGAUCCAAUUCCUCCUAUCAACAAGGUUUUCUCCCUUGUUUCUCAAGAGGCACAUCAGAGGAAUGUUAAUGUGACUUUUGUCGGUUUUGGAGGUGCUGAAUCUAUGGCUUUUGCUGUGAAAAACGAUGUUGCUCGAUCUGACAAUGGUCAGAAUUUUCCUAGAGGGCAAAGGAAAGAUAAUCUCAAUUCUAACAAGCCUGUCUGUACUCAUUGUGGCUAUGUUAGCCAUACAAUUGAUAAAUGUUACAAGCUGCAUGGUUAUCCUCCUAGAUAUAAGGCCAAGUCUAAGUCUAAUACUUCUCAUCAACCUUCUUCCAGUCAGACCCCAGCUGUUGCAAAUCAAGUCUCCAAUUCAGUUAAUGAUUUGUCUCAUGGGAAUGUUGAGAACUCUGGAAAUUUUAGAAGCUUUGUUCAAAUGCUCUGA